CGUGUUUCUUUUCCCCUGUUUCGAAGAAGCCCAGCACCAUCGGUAUUACCAUCUGCGCAGUCGGCUGUAUCCAGCAGAUGCUAAAUCUUGUAUCGGUCUCUAGUCCGUUCAUUCGACCAUGGCAUCGGAAGCUUUGUUCUCCGCAUCGCUUAUCUCCCCCGAGACCGUCUCCGCAUUCCCCGAUUCCUACAACAUCCGUCCUUUGCAACGUGAUGACUACAACAAAGGUUUCCUAGACUGCCUACGAGUACUCACACACGUUGGAGAUGUCACCGAAGCCCAGUUUCAAGAGCGCUUUGACUGGAUGGUCACGCAAGGCAAGGGCGUCCACUACAUCCUGGUCAUUGAGCACGAAAGCCGCAUCGUGGGGACGGGAGCUUUGGUAGUCGAGAGAAAGUUUAUUCAUGAUCUCGGCUCUGUUGCUCACGUCGAAGAGGUAUCCAUCUUGGAAGUCUUUCAGAGUAAGGGGCUUGGCUUGAGAUUGCUGAAUGCGCUUUCGUCAGUCGCGAAGAAUGUAGGCUGUUACAAGUCGACUCUGGGGUGCAGCGAGAAGAAUGAGCCGUUCUAUGUCAAGUGUGGGUAUGACGGAAGUGGACGGAUCAUGUCCGAGUAUUAUGAGGAGGCUAAGUCGGGUUAUGAAAGGGGUUGAGGCGAUUUCAGACUAUGCAUUGAGAGGGUAGUUGCCCGUAGCCUCUGCACUGUUUAGUUUCUGGUUUCCACGGUAAGGGGGGGCCUAUAAGCUUGCUAGUCCGGGGUCAAUUUAUCGGACUUAUUGCAAGCUAUAACAAAGCAUGAAUUGAUUUUGUCUCUAUUCUCCCAAAUUAGAACAAGUUAAGGUGGCCAUAGGGGCCUUAAGUACAGAAAAGUUUUAUUGAUGACAGCGG